AUGUGGACCAUCUGGGUGAUCAUCUUCUGGAUUUCAGCUGUCCUGAAUUUGCAGAUCAGAGCUGUCCCACCUGUCUGUGACCUCCUGAGCGUCCUGAAAAGAGAGGAAGAAAACUGUGCUGAGACUCUCUCCCUGGAGGCAAAGAACAGAACGACAGAAAAUGAUCUGCUCCUGAGCUCAGUCAGAUGUGCCGGAAUGUGGGAUAAUAUGAGCUGCUGGCCUUCAUCCGCUGUGGGACAGACUGUCAAUGCUCAGUGCCCUGAAUUCUUCCAGAUGCUGACUGGGAAAAAAGGUUUUGUCUAUCGAAACUGUACAAGUGAAGGUUGGUCUGACCCAUACCCAAGACCUGAUAUUGCUUGUGGCUACAAUGUCAAUGACACAACGAAUGAGGCAAGACGCUCCUAUUUCAUGACUCUGAAGACCAUAUACACCAUUGGAUACUGCACCUCCCUCGUGACGCUGAUGAUAGCCUUAGCGGUCCUGAUCUCUUUUAGAAGACUUCGCUGUACAAGGAACUAUAUCCACAUGCACCUCUUCACAUCAUUCAUUUUGCGAGCCUCAUCCAACUUCAUCAAGGAUGCCGUUUUGUUUUCUUCUGAAGACAUAAAUUACUGUGGAGCAUACAUGGUUGGGUGUAAGUUCACCAUGGUCUUCUUUCAGUACUGCAUCAUGUCUAACUACAGCUGGCUCCUCGUGGAGGGACUGUACCUCCACACUCUCCUGGUUAUUUCCUUCUUCUCAGAAAGGAAGUUCCUCUGGUGGUUCAUCGCUCUCGGAUGGGGUGCCCCAUCUGUAUUUGUGGCUGCGUGGGCAACUGCUAGGCAACUCCAUGAAAAUAUUGGGUGUUGGGACAUCAACACUAAUGCCAAUACCUGGUGGAUCAUUAGAGGCCCUGUAGUUUUGUCUAUUUUUAUUAAUUUCAUUCUUUUUGUCAACAUUUUAAGAAUCUUGAUGAGGAAGCUCAGCUCACCUGAAGGACACAGCAGUGAUUUCAGCCAAUACAAGAGGCUUGCAAAGUCAACACUCCUCCUCAUCCCUCUCUUCGGGGUCCACUACAUAAUCUUUGCCUUUUUCCCUGAAGAUGCAAGCAGUGGCACAAUGGAAAUUCAGCUGUUUUUUGAAUUGGCUCUUGGAUCAUUCCAGGGCUUUGUUGUGGCUGUACUUUAUUGUUUUCUUAAUGGUGAGGUUCAGCUGGAAGUUCAGAGAAAAUGGAGACAGUGGCACUUAAGCAAACACUUGCGUUGGCAUCUCAGCGCCUCAGCGAGUAACGGAGGAAGUGGCUUAACUCAAGAGGUGCAGAUGGUGAGGUCGAGCCCACCAGGGCACAGGAGAGCAACACUCCAAAGAUCAAGCAUGAUUUAA